GUGAGCUGCGGAAGCGAUUUUGAACUCUCGAACUGCAUCGUUGGUGCUGGCGAUGGUAAAUUCACAGUCUACAUGACAGUAUUUUCUCCCGUACUAAUUCAUCGUUAUUUGGCGCAGUACAGUGCCCAAGUGCACUGAAGCUGAGAGCGUGUUUCGGUUGAGUUCAUCCUGAAAAGCGAUCUCCCGAAGAGCGAUCAGCUGGGCGAGUUUCAAACACUGCGCGAUGCACGGAGAAGCGUACGGUGGAAAGGUGCACGAGACUUUGUGAAGGUGUUUCGCUGACAUCAAGAAAUGAGUGCCGAAACUGGGGCUGCUGCCCACAGCGAUGAAGGGACUCCCGAGCAGCCAGAGACCGCGGAAACUGCGGAGAAUCCUGCCAAAGAGUCCAAGGACUCUGCAAAGGACCCGAGCAGCCGCGGAGAUCAGAGGAAGGCACGGCCCAUGAAGAAGGACGACAGUGGCAUUGGGAUAGACCCUGCAGACGAGGUGGCAGACACGUUGGUGGGUGGGCCAGCCAAUGGCGGACAGGAGAGCCCGGACUCUGGGCACCAAGACUGCACCGACGGACCUGGCGAACGCUCAGACCUGCCGGGGACAGCUGAAAAGAGGCCUACCACUGAAACAGAGGAAGACAGCGAGGGUCUUCCGGAGGAGAAGAAGCAGAAGAUGGAAGACAGGAAGAAGAGGAGGAGCCUCUUGGGCCUGCUUGGCAGGACACGACGGUCUGGCUCGGCGUCGGAGGACACUGCCGCCGAGGCCAGUGGCGGUGGAGGCAGCUGGCUGACAGAGGACUCGGACGACGAUGCCUCCAUUCGCAGUGAUGCCACCUACACCGAGAUGAGCCACGAGGGCAAGGAUGAGGACACUGAGAGCAUGGAGGACGACUACGACCCGACCCCGCCCACACCCGCCCCGGCCUACAAGUGGCUGGUGUGGCGGGAGCUGACUCAGCGGGAGUACGGUCGGCGCUCGGGCGCGGCCCACCUGGACCCGUUUCGGGUGGGCUGCUACGGCAGCCGCCGCAUGGUGGAGCGCCUGGAGCUCAUGUACAAGAUGCGAGCCCACGAGGGCUGCGUCAACGCCCUGCACUUCAAUGCGGCCGGCACUCGGCUGGCCUCCGGCUCGGACGACCUCAACGUGGUCGUCUGGGACUGGGCUACGGGGGAGCCCGUGCUCAAGUAUGACAGCGGCCACAGGAGCAAUGUCUUCCAGGCCAAGUUUAUUCCGAUGAGUGGAGACUGCUACAUAGUGAGCUGCGCUCGUGAUGGACUUGUCCGGCUGGCCGAGCUGUCUUCCACGGGAGUGUGCAAGGCUACCCGACGCCUGGCACAGCAUCGUGCAGCCGCCCAUAAGCUUGCCAUUGAGAGUGACUCACCACAUACUGUACUGAGUUGCGGAGAGGAUGCCUACGUCUUUGGGAUCGACCUGAGGAAAAGCACUCCUGAAAAACUAGUCUUGGUGAAGGAAAAUGACAAGAAGGUGCCCCUCUAUACCAUAUUUAUUAAUCCCGCAAAUGCAAACGAGUUUGCCGUCGGCGGAAGAGAUCACUACGUGAGAGUGUAUGACCGAAGGUUCACGAGCGAAGAGUCUAAUCCAAUGAAGAAAUUUUGCCCUCAUCAUCUGCUUAACAGCGAUGUGCGAGCAAGUGUCUCCUGUUUGGUUUACAACUUUGACGGCUCUGAAAUUCUGGCAUCCUACAAUGACGAGGACAUCUACAUCUUCAAUUCGUCCCAUUCUGAUGGUGCAGAAUUUGUGCACAGGUAUAAAGGACACAGGAACAGCCAGACAGUCAAAGGAGUCAACUAUUUCGGCCUCCGAAGCGAGUAUGUCAUAAGUGGCAGUGAUUGUGGCUAUGUCUACCUUUGGGACAAGGAAAGUGGCCAUAUUAUUCACUACAUGCACGGUGACGAAGAGGGUGUGGUGAACUGCCUCGAACCUCACCCCAGCUGCCCCAUCCUGGCUACCAGUGGGCUGGACGAAGAUGUCAAAAUUUGGGUGCCUUCGUGCGAAUACCCGCCAGACAUGUCUGGCCUAAAGAUGAGGAUUUGCCAGAACAUGAAAGAGCGGGAGGACGAACGCAAACGUGAAGGACAUGAGACCAUCGACAGCCAAAUGCUCUGGUAUCUCAUGCAGCAACUGCACCGCUCAGCUCGGGCACGGCAUUGUAAUGUGUUGUUUUUGAACAUUUAAGGCGCGGAACGACAGAUCAGGUGGAGUAGAGACCAGUUCAGACAGCGACGAAAACAGUGACAACGACGACGACGACGACAUGGACACUCAGCACUCGGUGCAGUGCGUUCAGUCGUGAUGUCCAUCCAUCGCGAAAGAAGAGGAAGGAACAAGCCACGUUCUCGGUUGCCUUUCACUGUGCUAUUCCUUGUGACGGCAGAAUCGUGUGCAAUGAAUGCUUCCUCAUCCAUCGCUUGCAAUUGAAAUGACUAGAGCUGCAGUGUGCCACCGGGUCUUGCAUCGGAAGAAGGAACGUUGCCACGGCCCACUUUCAUCCGGCGCACAGUGUGAAUGUCUGCAAUGAGAAAUGUGUUUGUGUACAAACUUAACAACUCAGACCCCUAACCUAGGAGUGCAGCCUUAAUGCCUGGUUUGUAAUUGUUUUGUGUACAAUCAUGGCAGAAUAUGUUGACUCGUUUUAAGAUCUUUGAAGUUUGAUAGUCUGUAAAUUUGUAUCUUUCUGGCAGUACAGGAGGCUUUGGUUGUUCACGAGAGGUGUACCUAAUGAGGUUGUCACUGCGACAGACGGGAGGUUUGUUUGGGACUAUAUAUAAAAGUGGAUUAGUGCAACUUGACAUGCUUCAACAUACAAUCUAUUGGAAGAGUUUACAGAUGCAGUAUUUUGACUGUAAAGGGGUGUUAGCUGAAUAAAGUGAUACUUCUGGUCUUGUA